AUGACAAAACAAAAGAACAUAUACAGUAUGUUGGACUUUCAAGGUUUUUAAUAUUGUAAGAUUUUGCCAGUCAAAACUCAGAAGAACAAAAAAUGACGAUUGCAAGGAUAGUGAAGUCACCGUACCUUGUCAUAUGUUGCCUUCUCUUGAUCAUUCUCUGGUUGUUGUCUCAUCAUCUCUCGUGUGCUCCAUACAUGAAUACUAUCAGAGGACCAGAAUUCUCACAUCUUCAACCUGAAUUUCCAGGCCUAUCGAGUCUACUAAAAAAAGUAGCUAACGAAGACAGGGUAGUGAUUAUUACCAUGGUGGAUCAAGAAUGGGCAAAACCUGAAUCCAUUCUUGAUCUGUUCCUUGAAAGUUUUCGGAUUGGAGAAAGAACCAAACACUUGCUGAACCAUUUGAUCGUUGUGGCUUUAGAUGAUCAAGCUCUUAGAUAUUGUCUUCGUGCCCACCCACAUUGUUAUCUUUAUAGAGACUCGACAAAAAAGUCAGAAUCUUUAGAUCCGGAUGGUCUCGUUACCGGUUGGAGCAAGAAGUUUUUGGUCGAAGAGAUUCUAAAAAUCGGCUACAACAUAAUGUUCACCGAAGCAGAUGUGAUGUGGCUAAGAAAUCCUCUAAUGCAUUGCCACCAACAAAAUCCAAUCUCAGUGGCUUGCGGGCGUGAUCAACAUCAACAAAAUCAUUUAUCAGUGGAAAACACAGGAGGAUUCUUCUUUGCCAAGUCCAAUGAUAUAAACAUAGCAUUGCUCAAGACCUUGAACGUAGAGAGGGUUUUGUAUCCUGCAACUGGAAACCAAUCCUUGUGUGACAUUGUCAAGCGCAACGAUGUAAUCCAGUCCCUUGGUAUGAAAGUAACCUUGUUGGAUGAUGCUAACUUUGGGAGGUUUUGUCAACCAAACCCACAAAAUCAAAGCGAGAUAGCUACAGUACAUGCAAGUUGUUGUAAUAAUACAAAGAGUAAGGUGCAUUACCUAAAGCUAUUUCUCCAAGGCCGGAAAAAUAUGAACCCGCAAUGGAUCAUUCCGAGCCAAUGCAGAGGAUUUUAA